AUGCCCAGAACCUCGUGGGUCACGCAGCUUGGGAACCCUCAUUCGAGCGAUCGCACGGACCUGCCGUGGACUACUGCAGACCAAGAGACGAUCAUUAGUCGACCGUCGAAGAGUCUGAGGCUCAUGUCAAGUCAGUACAUGUCAUACGCACCCCAUCAGAUCUCAACCAGCCAGCAAGACCAAGACCCAACGAAAGAUCUCGACAUGUCAUCAGGCGAAGCACAGCAAAAGAUUGACACCAUCGGCCAGAAGGUUGACCAGGGCGUCAAGUCUGCCUCACAGCAGGCUGAUAAGAUCGCUUCCGAUCCAGAGGGCCAUGCAAACUCAUUGCUAGAGAGUGCAUCGAAGCUCGCCAGCGAUACGAUUGCCUACGCCAAGCAGACCGCUCUCGGUGCUCAGAAGGAUGCCGAGGGGGCUGCCAAGGACGCCAAGUCCUCAGCUGACGGCACCCAGCUGCCCGGUAACACAACGCAGACGCUUGGCGGACUGAUUGACGAGGCUCGCAAUGUCGCCGGUCAGGCACUCGGCGAGGCUCAGAAAGCGCUCUCGCACGGCCAGCAACAAGCUGCCUCCGCGGCUGACGACGCAAAGGCACGCAAAUCAGGUGGUGAAUCGUAUGUCGACCAAGCCAAGUCACUCGCUGCCUCUGCACUCGGCACUGCCCAAUCUUACAUCGCUGUCGGUCAGCAAAAGGCAGAGCAAGCACAAGCAGAUGGCAAGCCACAGGCGACCCUGCAGGAUGCUACCGAUGCCGUGAGCAAGGCUGGCAGUGAUAUCUACAAGGCUGCCGAUCAGAAGACUGGCGGUGGCGUAUCUGAUGCCUACGCCAAGGGUGAAGCGCUUCUCAACCAGGCCCAGAAGGAUGCCCAGCCACAGUGA